AGAUGUGCAUCUGCUCUUCUAAAACAGAAGGUGACACAUUUCACCCCGACCAGUGGGUGGCAGGAUGUAAGAGUCCUGUGCACGUUUGUGAACAACGCUCUUUCAUAGAAGAAAAGGCAAGAUGUCCGGAUUAUCCAAGAAAAAUAAAAUUGUUAAAAUAAGAAGUCUCAACGAAACAAAAAAAUAUGGAAUGGCUGCAACAAAUCUGAAAGAGCUUCUUAAAAAGGGAUGUAAGCUUUUUCAGAUUCCACCAUUCGGUUCGCGUAUUUGCUUGUAUGAAGAUGGAACAGAAUUGACAGAGGACUAUUUCCAAUGUCUCCCAGACAAUGCUGAACUUGUCCUUCUUGCCAUGGAUGAGAGUUGGACCGGAUUUGUUUUUGACAUAAGCCUGCUGCUGAACACGGGCAGGAACUCAGGUCUUCUCAUUGAUGCCGCUAAGGGCCUUCUGUCUAAAGAACAGUCUCCAAAGAGGCGCAAACUCCUUGGCGACCUACUCCUGCAUAUAAAGGACAACUCUGAGACUGAAAACAGAUCAGAUGAUGAAGACUGGUUCCAAGGAAUUGAUGUCAGAUUUAAGACUAAAUCGGCCUACAUGCGGUACAACUGUGAAAGCAGGAUUCGUGGAUACAUGAAGGAGGUCGAUAGUUAUGCUCAAACCAUCCAAAAGCCUAAACUUAAGGAUCAAUACAGGAAGAUUGUGGAGUGCUUUGUGAUGCAGCUGAAAUCUGACAAGUACAAUGGCUGCUAUUUCAACAGGACCGAAAAGGAACACGAACGACUAUGCACAAAGGAGGGAUGGUUCACCUGUCAGGGUGCUUUUGACCAGGAUGAAUGCAAGUCCCUCCACUCGAUCAACCCGUAUGGUAACAGAGAGAGCAGAAUUCUCUUUAGCACCUGGAAUUUGGACCACAGGAUUGAGAAGAAGAGGACUGUCCUUCCUGCCCUGGUGGAAGCACUGCAUAACCACAAGAACAGCAACAUAAACCUUGACUACUUUUACAAUCUGCUGUUCACUAGGGAGAAUCUGAAGCUGGUACAUAUCGUAUGCCAUAAGAAAGGGGCCCAUGAUUUGCUGUGUGAUAAAAAGAAAAUUUACCAAAAGGGCAAACGAAAAGUAUUUUUAGUAUGAUGUUAAAAUUAUAUAUACAAAUUUCAGUGAAAAUGUUUUUUCUACUGCUUGUUGAUAAUUACUUUUUUUUAACUUGCAAAUGAUUAUUUUUUUAAACCAUAUAAAAGUGCAACACUGGUGAAUUAAAGGGAUACAACCAUCUCCAUUUGAUCACACCAUUCAAACUUACCUUCCCUAAAGGUCUUGACAUACUCCAGUUUUGGAGGUGUAUGUACAUAUGUGAAUGCUACGCAAGUCCACAAGGAGGCUGUCGUUGACAACUGCUGAUUUUGUACAACCACAAUAAACAAUGCCAACAAAAAUGGUUCAUUAGA